ACAGCUGCAGGCUGGGCAGCCAUACUUGACAGCGCCUCUUUUAGGAAUAGAUUUAACAACUUGGAUUUCUCACUGAAAAUCAAAUUCAAUAUGUUCAGUAAACUUAUUUACUUUGUUUAUAAGUCACUUGAAAUGCUGUUGCAUAUAUGUAAUUUUAUUUUUUGCACAAAUCUAGAGCUGGGAUGCAGGACUUGCUAAAACUGCCAAAGCAUGGAGCAAGACAUGCAAGUUCAUAAAUAAUCCAUUUCUGAAAAUGCCAGGAAAAGGCCAUCCAUAUUUUAAUAGCAUUGGAGAAAACCUCUACAUUACCCCAGACAAAUUUACUGUGGAGCAAGCUAUUGAAGAAUGGAACACAGAUGGCAAACAUUUUGAUUAUUACCAAAAUACAUGCGUAAAGCAACAAAAGUGUGAUCGUUUCACCCAGCUUAUAUGGGGAGAUAGUUAUAAACUUGGCUGUGGUGCUAAUCAUUGUAAGAAAGGGAUUCAAAAUUCUAACUUGACAAGUGGAAUAUUGUUUGUGUGUAAUUAUACCCCCAGUGGAAAUCUUAAAGGAGAAUUACCCUAUAUAAGAGGGCCGCCUUGUACCUAUUGUGGUCCAGAUUUUUGCAGGGACAAGUUAUGCAGUGAUCCAGAUCGAGAAUCAAUCAAUCAAUAUCCUAAUUGGAAACCAGAUUUUGGGUCAGCAUCCAUUUUAUUGUCAAAAUGCUUUUUGCUACUAUUAUCUAUUAUAAUACACAUUUUAUGGUAACUCCCCGGACAAAUUUCAUGUAAUUUAUUAUCUUUUUCUUCCCUAAUUUUCCUCAGUUUCAACAGUAUCAUCAUUAGCACUGUUAGCAUUGCUAACAAUGUAAAUAGGGAUUUACUUCCAUCCUUACAUUUAAUUUAAAAAACACAU